AGAUAUCUUUGAGGGGAAAGGCUGUAACGUUAGCAACCAGUCAGAACGACCAAGGAAGGACUGUUUGAAUAUCGAGACCAAGGCGUUACCAGAACCAUCACCGUGAUUAUUGACACAGUGGAGUGGAAUACAACCAGCUUCGGAAGCAACUCUGACGUUUAUCGUCUAGCUGUGAGGUGAGCGAUGCCGCCGGCCCCCAGCUGCGACUGCCCCCACCUGGACUGCGUGGGGGAGAUCACCAAAGAGGAACUCAUUCAAAAGUCACACGGCCAGUGUCAAGAUUGUAAAGUUGGAGGACCAAAUUUAUGGGCGUGUUUGGAGAAUGGCUGCGCGUAUGUCGGCUGCGGAGAAUCCCAUGCAGAUCACAGCACGGGACACUCACAGGAAACGGGCCACAACCUGACAGUAAACCUGACCACGCUACGAGUGUGGUGUUACGCCUGUGGCAAGGAGGUCUUCCUGGACCGUAAACUAGUUCCUCCGCCCCUCCAGUCCAACAGCAAGCCUGUUGCCGCUUCUCAGCAGGCUAGCAACAGAACCUCGCCCGUGAGCCCCGUCUCCCUCCACGUGACCCCUAACGGCGUCUGUGAAGACCUGGAAAUGGAGAUGGAGGAAGAGGAUGACGCGCAUGUUCGAGGCUUGACUGGACUGAAAAACAUUGGCAACACAUGCUACAUGAACGCCGCCCUCCAGGCUUUGUCCAACUGUCCACCUUUGACACAGUUCUUCCUGGAGUGCGGCAGCCUGGUGAGGACAGACAAGAAGCCAGCGCUCUGCAAGAGCUACCAGAAACUCGUGUCCGACUUGUGGCACAAGAACAGGCCCUCCUACGUGGUCCCGACUAAUCUGUUCCAGGGAAUCAAAGCCAUAAACCCAAUGUUCAGAGGAUACUCUCAGCAGGACUCGCAGGAGUUUCUGCGGUGCCUGAUGGACCAGCUGCACGAAGAGCUAAAGGAGACUCUGCCCGAGCCGUACGACUCGUCCGGCGGCGUCACGGUGGAAGACCCGCCCAAGGAGGAUAACCACAACCAAUCGGACAGCAGCGAUUUCCAGUCGUGCGAUUCGUGCGCGUGCAGCGACCGGGCCGACAACGAAUCGCAGCACGCCGGUCCACCCGCCGUCAUCGUCGGCGUGGACAACGAGGCCGAGAUGCUGAUUCCCGAGCGAGAUGACAUCCAGGCCAACAGGGAGUGGCAGAAGGAAAAGAACAUGAUCAACGACAUAUACCGCGGCGGGGAGAACACUGUGCCGGACAUGGAUAAAGAUGUGGACACCGCUUCUGAAAACACGCCCAUUAUCAGUAGUCAGGGACACAUUAAGACGCAAAGCAGGACAUCAGAGUCCUUUCCAGACAUCCAAAUGUCCAACAUCAUAAGACCACAAAGUCCAGUCCCUAUGGAGGUCCAUAAAAUGUCCAGCAGCCCACCCAAAACUUCCUCUGUGUGGCCCAGCCUCAAUACCGCACACAAGAAAGCAAUGACCACAUUCUCCCCAGCCAAGACCAAAUGUCAGAAAAGGUACCGCAGCGUCAUCUCGGAUGUGUUCGACGGGACCAUUAUGAGCUCCGUGCAGUGUCUCACCUGUGAUCGGGUGUCUGUCACGCUGGAGAACUUCCAGGACAUCUCUUUGCCCAUCCCAGGCAAGGAAGACCUGGCUAAGCUGCACUCCGCCACCCAUCAAACGUCUCUGGUUAAAGCCGGAUCCUGCGGGGAAGCAUAUGCGCCACAGGGCUGGAUCGCGUUCGUUAUGGAAUAUAUCAAAAGCUGGUUCUGGGGUCCAGUGGUUACGCUACAAGAUUGUCUGGCAGCCUUUUUUGCUAGGGAUGAGCUGAAAGGUGACAACAUGUACAGCUGUGAAAAGUGCAAGAAGUUGCGAAAUGGAGUCAAAUUUUGCAAAAUGCAAAGUUUGCCAGAGAUUCUGUGCAUCCAUCUGAAGCGAUUCAGGCACGAACUCAUGUUCUCCACCAAGAUCGGCACCCACGUAUCUUUCCCGCUGGAGGGUUUGGAUUUACAGCCCUUCCUAGCUAAGGACAGCUCGGCGCAGAUUGCCAACUACGACCUGCUGUCGGUCAUCUGCCACCACGGCACCGCCAGUAGUGGCCAUUACAUCGCUUAUUGCAGGAACAACCUCAACAAUCUUUGGUAUGAGUUUGAUGACCAAAGUGUGACGGAGGUGCCAGAAUCUUGCGUUCAAAAUGCCGAGGCUUAUGUGCUUUUCUACAAGAAGAGCAACGGGGACGCACCGAAGGAGCGCAGAAGGGUGUCUGGCUUGCUCAACAUGAUGGAGCCCAGCUUGCUUCAGUUCCACAUCUCCCGUCAGUGGCUCAACAAGUUCAAAACCUUCGCCGAGCCAGGCCCCAUUUCCAACGACGACUUCCUGUGCUCGCACGGAGGCGUGCCCCCCAACAAAGCUGCCUAUAUUGAUGACCUCGCUGUCGUGUUACCUCAGAAUGUGUGGGAUCACCUCUACAGCAGGUACGGGGGAGGACCCGCCGUCAACCAUCUGUACGGCUGCAACACAUGCCAGAUUGAGGUGGAGAAACUGGAGAAGCGGCGCAAAUCGGAGCUGGAAAUGUUUGUCCGGCUGAACAAGGCCUUCCAGGAUGAGGAGUCUCCCGUGGUCAUAUACUGCAUCAGCAUGCAGUGGUUCCGCGAGUGGGAGGGUUUUGUGAAAGGGAAAGACAACGAUCCACCAGGACCCAUUGAUAAUUCCAAGAUAGCAGUGAACAAGAGUGGUCAUUUAACAAUCAAACAAGGGGCCGACUCGGGCCAGAUCUCCGAAGAGACGUGGCUCUUCCUUCACGCCAUCUACGGCGGCGGACCUCUGGUGACGGUGAGACCGAGCGUGGUCACCGGCCACCAGGAAGCGGACCCUUCCCACCAGUCUGAGGAAAAGAUCGAAGUGGAGACGCGCUCGCUUUAAAACAAAACAAAACAAAAAAAAAACAAAACGACAAAAAGCGAUCGAAUUCAAAGAAUAAGGCCUUUUUAAUUUUUUGCACUUUGAUUUCAAACGCAUUCACGCAAAAACAAAAAAAAGGACGCCAAUUAUAACCGCUUUUGCGACAGCUCGCUCCGAAAAAGGGAAUCAAAGCUUUGUCGUAUUGUAAAAAAAAAAAAAAAAAAAAAAAAUGUGUAUACGUUUCUAAUAGCACUGUAGUCGUCUUUGUGUCAUGAUUUUAAAUGUGUGCAGCUAGAUCACGACAAAAGAAAAUGAACGGAAUGCCAUUUUAUUUUGACCAAAAUGAGCACAUUUACCACGCGUUGUACUUUAGCACUUCCGCCGACGGACAUCUUAAGGUUAUGAAGGGACUAAUUACGGAAAAGUCUCAGGAAUUUCUUGUGCACUGUCAUUUACGCACGCGCUUCUCAACUGGUCUGAUAAUCCUGUUUUUUAAUGGCAAAUUCUUCAAGAGGUCAAACUUUUGACUCAUGUAAACUCAUUCGCUGCCUCCCAAUCGCUGUCAAUGGCAGCCAAUGAGUUAACGCAUUGAUUCUAGUGUAAUCAUGUCCACGUAAUUUCAUGUUUCCGAGUGAAACUGGCUUUUGGCGGCUGGAUUUUCAAAUAAUUCACCCCAUUUUAAUGGCAUCUAUUAAAUUCAUGUAAAUUCUAAAGAAGGAAUACAUUCAAGCAGGGGUGUCAAACAUCCGGCUUCUGGCCCGCUAGAAGAUCCAGUCCCGCUGCCUGGUGGGGUUGUUGUAGGUUACAGGUGAUAGGUACCUUGUAGCUCAUUCAUACUGUACAUAGAAAAUCACAUGCUUUUAUUUUGACAUUGGCGCCCUAAAACUAGAUGUAUGAUCGUGUGUGUGCACUACUGCACUUUCUUGUCCGCCGUUACAUUUGUGUAUUCGCCCCCCUCUCAGUCAUCAGGGAUUAGACGUCAAACACUGUCAAUGGCAGCCAAUGAGUUGACAAGGAAGUGACACAAAAUGAGGAAGUAACCUGGAAAUGCUUGAGAUAUUAAAAGAAAUUGAUGAAUUUAUAGAAAGUGACCUGUAAGUAUCUUAAAACUACAAGGAAGUCAUGCAAAAUAACUCAUUGGCCGCCUUCUGGAACGAUUGACGUCUAAUUAAACUGGAAGGAUUGGCUGUGAAUACUCACCUUUCAGUGCCAUUGACGGAACUAGACGUCCAAUUCAUUUUGACUGAGAUAUUUGGCCAAAAAAUGAGAUCUAAUUGCCAUAAAUGUGGCCCGCGAACCACAAGUUUGACACCCCUGCAUUAAAGUACUUAAAAUGAUCCAAAAUGGCUGUUUAAAACCGUACGAGUUGUGGAAAACUUUUGGGUCCACCAGUUGAGAAUCGCUGCAGUUUCAAUCCACAAACAGGCAUGCGGUUAUUUGAAUGUAACGAUGGUGUAUGUUGGUUAAGAUUCAGCACUUGCUUAUUUAUCACAGACAGGGAGUUUAAAACAGGAUGUUAAUAGUGUUUUUUUUUUUUUUUUUAAUUGUUUUUGUGUAUACAUGGCUAAAGUAGGUGAAGCAAGUAUGCAUGCUUUUAACAUUGCAUAUCUCACACAAAUCCUAACUGUGCACGACCUAGCUUUGCUUGACACUACACUGCAGUAUAGUAAGUAGUAAUCAGCAACAUUGCCAGUCUUAACGGAGGGCAUUAUUUUGCAUAUUGGAUGCCGUAAGUGUCUCUGGACCAUUAGUCAGUAAGAGCUAUUCAGAUAUUUGUUUUUUUUAAUGGCUCGCAUAAUAAAAACAAGAAACAUGGAUGGAAACAUGA